AUGCCUUCCACUCCAUCCGCUAAGCUUCUUCCGCAGAAAUUGCGCAGAAAUGAACGGGAACGGAAGCGCGUCGAUCAGGUGAAUCAAGGUUUCAACCAGUUACGACUUCGUGUCCCGCGGCCGCACGGCUCGAAACAAAAGCUCUCGAAGGUGGAAACGCUACGAGAAGCCGCUCGAUACAUUGAACAACUACGAACCGUUCUUCAACAAGGAGCCUACGAAGCUCAGUCGUCACAACGCGCUCUAAUCCAACAGCAGCAACAACAACAGCCACAGUACUACCAUUCCAUGGACAUGUCACCGUAUUACGGUACCGCUGCACAUACGAAACCCGACAUUUCUCCUGCUUCCUCCUAUUACAGUGAUUCCUCGUUCGAAGAACAGAAGUACGGUGGUCAUUUCAUGCAAUAA